AUGCAUACCGAAAGCACACAGAUUUACCCUGAAGGCGGGCGAAAAGCAUGGCUGGUCGUCCUCGGUGCUUGGUGUGCAAUGAUACCUUCCAUGGGUCUACUCAAUACGUUGGCAGUGUUGCAAGCACUGAUAUCAGAGAAUCAACUCAAUGGAAUGCCAGAGUCAAGGAUUGGUUGGAUAUUUAGCUGCUAUGCAUUUUUUCUCUAUUUCUGUGGCGCCCAAGUCGGGCCCAUUGUCGAUGCGCAUGACAUUCAAGUUCUCAUUGUUCCCGGUGGAAUCGGUAUCAUUGCGGCGCUCGUUUGCCUGAGCUUUUCUACAGAAUUCUACCAGAUCUUCCUAUCUUUUGGUGUUCUCGGCGGCAUUUCCGCUUCGCUGCUUUUCAACCCGAGCCUAGCAGCAAUCGGUCACUGGUUCAAACGCCGCAGGGCCUUCGCCACGGGCCUAGCCUGCACUGCUGGCGGUCUUGGAGGCGUCGGCUUCCCGCUGAUUAUACUCUACUGCACUCCGAAGAUCGGCUUUGCCUGGGCCAUUCGCAUCGUCGCCCUGAUCUGUGCCGUUACGCUGAGCAUUGCUUGCCUGACUCUGCGCAAGCGGCUACCAGGGAACGCCAGAGGCGGCGCAGCUAUUGAUCUCAAGGCCCUGCGCGAUGUGAAGUUUGCAACAACGACGCUGGCAAUCUUUCUGAUUGAGUUUGCAGUCUUUAUUCCAUAUUCGUAUAUUUCCUUGUACGCUAUUCACAAUGGCUUUGAUACUACCAAUGCUCUCCUACUCAACUGCUUUUUGAACGCCGGGGCUGUACCGGGCAGGGCUCUCCCCGGGUACUUGGCUGACCGCAUCGGCGUCUUCAACACCAUGUGCGGCACUGCGGCAAUCUGUGCUGCAUUCAUCCUCGGGCUAUGGCUCAAUGCAGAUGAGAGUAUGGCACUAACGACGUCGUUCACGGUGCUCUUUGGGUUCUGGUCGGGAGCCGCCAUCAGUCUUACACCGGUCUGUGUCUCCCAGGUCUGUGACAUUAAGGAUUAUGGUAAACGCAAUGGUACUGCGUUUUUUGUGUCCAGUUUUGGGGCCUUGAUUGGGAUACCCAUUGCUGGAACAAUCUUGGAGGCUUGGGGUGGAUCUUAUCGAGGCCUGAUCAUAUUUGCGGGCGCGUUUUAUCUCGCGGCAUUCGCCGCUUUCUGUAUCGCUCGAGGUGUUGCUGGUGGAUGGGCAAUGAAACGUUUCUAG